GGAUCGAUUUUGGUUUUACGGCUUCACCCGCUGCCGUGGCCGGAGAUCUCACAUCACUACACCAGCCAAUUUUAUCAAGCUCGCUCGCCGUCACACUGCGCCACCAGCGGCGAUCCCGCCAUGGCCUCCUGGCUCAAGGUCGCCGAAGGUACGAAACCCCGACGGCCCAACCUCCCUCGCACUACUCGUCGCCCACACAGAUCCAUCCCUCUGCGUCGGCGAAGAUAUGCCGUUCUCCUCUCAAUCCCACAACUCUCGUACUUUCCCCGCGCUGAUUACUCCGUGAGACUAGUAUUGCCUCCAUCUGUGACUUGCUCGAAGUCGUCGACCGGAGGGCCAAGAUCGUGGCAACAGAACUGUCGGAUGAGCAGUCUACCUCUCAGCCUUCAGGACCAAACAACCAAGAAGUGCAAGCAAAGAAGGGAAAGCCGAGGGAGAAGGGUCCAUUGAAGCUCACUAAUGCCGAUGGUGGCAACAAGAUAUCUGCUCAGAAGGAAAAGAGGAGUAGGCAACGGCCGCGAGAGCGGAUGAAGAUCGAGAAGAUCAGGCCUUCGCCACCUGCAGGUUCAUCAAGUGUUGAUACCAGUGCUAGUGAACCAGAAGUCACUCCGAUCGAUGUUAAGGAAGUGGGUAAUGAGGGUACAUUGGAGAAAGGAGAGAAAGGUACUGAUGGCCUUAAGACUGAUGGGUCUGGGAUUGUUAAUACCAUGGUUGAAGUUCAACUGAUGCAGAAAAACUCUGACAAUGCCACUCUGGAUGGUGUUACACAUACCAAUUCAGAGAUUGCUGUUGAAAGCUAUUUUUCAGUUAUGGAUGCAAAAAGUGAGUCGAGCAGCAGUAACCAGACUUCCGAGAUUGGUUCAGUGAUUAAUUUGGAGGAGAGAGACUCUACUGUGGCUGUUAUCCAGGACACAAAUGCGUCUGAAUUGCCAAAUACAGAGGUUACUGGCAAACUGCAGGAAUCAAAGAAAGCGAGUGUUUCAGAUUCAUCAGAAAGCAUAGAAGAUCGACGCAAACAAAAAUCUGAUACAAUUUCUGUGAAAGAACAAGACCAACUUGAGGAGGCUCAGGGAUUGUUAAAAAGUGCUGUCAAGACUGGCCAGUCAAAAGAAGCUAGGUUAGCUCGGGUUUGUGCUGGACUUUCAUCCCGCCUCCAAGAGUAUAAGUCUGAAAAUGCACAGCUGGAGGAACUUCUUGUUCAAGAGAGAGAGAAAUCUACAUUGCAUGAAGCUCAUAUAAAGCAACUACAGCAAGAGUUAUCAAUGUCCAGAGUAGAAGGUUCAAGAGCUGAAUUGAAUAUGGUUGAUGCUUUGACUGCAAAAAAUGCAGAGAUUGAAUCUCUUGUUAAAUCAUUGGACUCUUGGAAGAAAAGAGCAGCAACUUCAGAAGAAAAGCUUGCUUCUUUAGAGGAAGAUAUAGAUGGUCUCAAGAGGAACUGUGAACUUACUGAAACCAGAGUUAUACAGGCUUUACGGGAGGAACUUGCUACCACAGAGCGUAGGGCUGAAGAAGAGCGCAUUGCUCAUAAUGCCACAAAAAUGGCAGCUGUUGAGAGAGAAGUAGAACUAGAACAUCGGGCUGUUGAGGCAUCGAGCGCUUUAGCUAGAAUCCAGAGAGCUGCUGAUCAAAGCUCAUCAAGAGUGCUGGAAUUGGAGCACAAGUUGGCUGUUCUUGAGGUUGAAUGUGCUUCAUUGCAACAAGAACUACAGGAGAUGGAAGCUCGUAAUCGCCGCGUACAGAAAAAACCUUCCGAAGAAGCUAAUCAAGUUCUUCAGAUGCAGGCUUGGCAGGAAGAAGUUGAGCGUGCACGCCAAAGCCAACGAGAGGCAGAGGCAAAGAUAUCAUCCUUGGAGGCAGAGUUGCAGAAAAUGAGAGUUGAAAUGGCUGGAAUGAGAAGAGAUGCAGAGCAUUAUUCUAGACAGGAGCAUGUUGAACUUGAGAAGAGAUACCGUGAGCUAACUGACUUACUGUACCACAAGCAAACACAAUUGGAAUCCAUGGCCAGCGAAAAGGCUGCGUUAGAGUUCCAACUGGAGAAAUCAUUGAAACAAUUUCAUGAAGUGCAGAUUGAGGCAGAAAGGAGUAAAGCUACUCGCAGAUCAGCAUCGUCGUGGGAAGAAGAUGCUGAUAUCAAGGCAUUAGAGCCUCUUCCUCUACAUCAUCGACACAUGGCAACAGCAAAUCAGCAGUUACAAAAGGCUGCGAAGCUUUUAGACACAGGAGCUGUGCGCGCAACAAGAUUUUUGUGGCGACAUCCCGUUGCACGAGUCAGCCUGCUGUUCUAUUUGGUGUUCGUGCAUUUGUUCUUGAUGCACUUGUUAAACCGCCUUCAGGACUUCGCGUCCAGAGAAGGAACAUCAGCCAUGGGGGAUCUGGCCAGCGCGAACCUGCCAUAGCCCAUAGUCUCUGUGCCCUUCUUGUUGAUUCAGGCAUUCCCCACUGAUUCUUGGUCCACAUGCCUUCAAAGUUUCAUUUCAUCCUCCUGUUUCUUUUUUUUUCCGUCUUCCCCAUCUUUUGUAAAGUAGUAGUGUUCGUUGUUUGGCCAUGCGCUGUAUAAUCCAUUCUUUUACAUUGACUGAUGAGUCAGAUUGAGUAUGUACCAAGUACCUUGACAUGAUAUACCAAGCCAAUUGAGCCAGUUCUUGUA